AUGCCUUACACCAGCCGACAUAUGCGACGCCCAGGCGCCAGACCUGGCUUAUUCAGAUACUCUGCCGUCACUAUAAAACAGUACCAGCCAAAACAAUUCGUGCGCAGCGAGGAGGAUGAAGCUCUUCUCAAAGAUCUCCGCACACGCGGCUCCAAGAACUGGACACAGGUUGAUGCUCAAGCAUUUGAAGACGUCAUGGAUAGAGAUAACGCCAGAUUGGAAGCUGCUCAUGAACCAUUGAAACGUGAGAUAGAGGGUUACUUUGAACAUCUCCACUUACCCGCUCUUCCAGCUCCCUUGCCCCCUUCAAGCCUUUGGGUUGCGACGAGCAGGGCUGAGAACUGCCCCAACAAGACUAUACAGCCAUUUAUGGUAGCUUGUGACAAGGGCAAUCUUGACCUAGUCAAGCAUUGGAUUCAGGACGGAGAUUUGAAGAGCGCGCUCCAGCAGAUCGGCAUUCAAGAUGGUCUUGCAUUUGCAGCGCAGGCAAAUCAAGUCAAAGUCGCGAGUUAUCUUCUACAAGAAGGAGGCGCGCAUCUGCACGGCGCUGUAGUUGAGGCAGCCUGCGACAAUCUCUCUCUCCCAUUGUUCGAGCUCUGUGUUCAGCAUGGAUAUCAUCCGAACCAGCAGAUUCCCGGUCGCUCUGGCGGCUUUGGUGUCGCAAUAAACCAUUGCAUCACUAACAUUGAGAUCACUAGAUUUCUACUCGAGCAUGGAGCAGACCCAAAUGUUGCGCCGUUCAUGGACGGCAGAACGUCAGGUUGGGGCGAAAAGGCCACGCCUCCAAUGGACCGUACUUCUGGACUAGCGCUCGACCGCGCAAUUGCAAGGAGUUCCUCGAUCGUGGUUCAAAUGCUUCUCGAACACGGCGCCGAUCCAAAGUACUCACGGCCAAUACACGGCAUCGUUGAACGACUCCAUAGCCACCCGAUUCCAGGCGUGCAACAAGAGUGGCGACCUCUGAUGGCGAUGGUGCUGAGCUACGGCGCCGACAUCAAUGCUGUGACAUACAGUGGCGGCACGGCGCUACAGAGAGCUGUGCAUAAGAAAAAUUGGGACAUUGUUGAGUUUUUGAUCAAGAAGGGCGCGGAUCCGUUUGUCGAAAGCCCUGUUUCAGGACGUGAUGCCUUUGAUUCGACCCUGAAAUUUGAGGAUCAGCCUUGGCAGAGAAGUGAGGAGGUGAAGGAAUAUCUCAAAAGAUUGAUGAGUGGAUCAAAACUGGAGAUCGGAGGAGAAGCCCCAGAAGAGGCGAGCGAGAAUCCUCUCGUACAAAUCAUUCAGAAGGUGAAGAGACGGGAAGCGGGCCUGGCAGAGUAG